AUGUCACCGCCCACAUCAGAAGCGUCUUGGCCGGCAGGCAUACCGGAGAUCCGCCAGCAUCCGACGGACUUAUCCCAGGAAGAGCUCAGGGAAGAGGCCAAGGGAUGGUUGCUAUUUGUACGGACCUACCAUAGUCAUUCCGCAGGAUACAGCUCGGCUUUCGACUACCCCGCCUCGGUUCUUUCGCAGAUCACCCCGCGACCCAACAAACGCUUCUUGUGCCUUCCCUCCGUGGACCGGCAGACCCAUCCGCGUAACUAUAUCCACCUCGUGAAGUUCCUGAUUUUGUUGUAUAUCCACCAAGACGAAUGGAACGGGGUGCACCCCUUCGAAGAGCAUGGAGCAGGCACCGCUCCUAACUACCACCUUCCGGACCUCCUUGACUGCGGGCCCACCACGCCAAUCACCACCUUUGACGAGAUUCUCCCCUCGCUGUAUCUCACUCCAGCGGAUUUCCACGCCAUCUCCAUGACCCGCCAGGGCACGGUGGUGUUCGCCAACGGGCCGAACCUCACGUGGUUCGUGAUCGAUGCGCCGGGACUUGCCACAGGGCGACUGGCCCUGGUGGACUUUAGCUCAAAUGGCCACGUCCGCGUCUCGACCCUUCGUCGACCCUGGAAUAUGGGCCAAACCAUGGCCUUCGAGCAAAUUCUGGGUAGAUAUCUUGGCGAGAUCGUUGAGUCAUGCAUUGGAGGCCCGCCGCAGUAUAACGAAGUUUUGGAUAUGGAUCUUCCUAUUCUUGAAAUUUUGGAGUCAACCCGGUUGAAUAACAAGUUCCUCUGCUCGGGCUACGGAUCUCGGGACCUCUGGAUCCGCCUUAUCAACGAGAGGUCACGUGAGCGCAUCUCAUACUCUGAUAUGUCCUCGUUGACUUCAUUGCCCGUAGCGAUGAGCCGCUCUUUAACUGCCUUGCUACUCCAGGUUUGCUCUGCCUUCAAUGAGGAUAGUGGAUGUAAUGGUUACAAUGAAUCAAUACUGGGAUUGGAGGCUGUGUGGAGACAUGCAGGCAGAUACGAUCUGCAGCGAAGGUGUGGUUUUGGUUUGGAAUAG